CCCAAGCAUAUACGAAACAAAAACUAAGCCCAGAUUCUGAUAAAACCUAAUUAAAUCCCAGAAAUGGAAACAAUCGAAGUUAUUACAAUAACCCUUUCCUUAAUUAAGGAUUCAAUUAACAUGACUACCAUUAUUUACUCUAGCAACUUUCCAUUAAUACCAAACCUUCCCUUCUCUUCAAAAUCAAACAAAUAUUUGAUUGGCAUAUCUCCCUCCCUUAAUCUCUCCAAUUGCUCAGUUUAUAUAUAUCAUCUGCCGCCUUGAUCCAUUUGUUUAAUCUGAAUGGAAGAAAUUAGCAUGAUUUCGCAUACAAAGCUAGGAGAGGAGUCGUCGGAAUCGGCCAAUUUUCCGGGGUCGCGGCCGAGGUCGACCGAGCGGUUCAAGGGCGUUGUUCCGCAGCAGACCGGGCAUUGGGGGGCGCAGAUUUACGCGAACCACCAGCGUAUCUGGCUCGGGACGUUUAAGUCCGAGGCGUCGGCCGCGAUGGCGUACGACAGCGCGGCGAUGAAGCUCCGGAGCGGAGAUUCACACCGGAAUUUCCCUCCGACGAUCCUCGCCCCUCUGGAAUUGAAGUUCCAGAGCGGGCUCAGCACGGAUUCCAUGCUGAACAUGAUCCGGGACGGGUCGUAUUCGACGAAGUUUUCGGAAUUUUUAGCCAGCCCUGAGGGGGAUGAAAAAUUAGGGUUAGGGUUAGGGUUUCAAUUAGGGUUAGGGUUAGGGUUUGAUUCCUCGAUUGACGGAGACGGGGAGUUCUCGAGCAUGUUGCUGUUCCAGAAGGAGCUGACACCGAGCGACGUGGGGAAGCUGAACCGGCUGGUGAUCCCGAAGAGGUACGCGGUGAAGUACUUCCCGGGGGUGCCGGAGGAGGAGCAGGUGCAGCUCGAGUUUUAUGAUAGGGCGAUGCGGGUGUGGAAGUUCAGGUACUGCUACUGGAAGAGUAGCCAGAGCUAUGUGUUUACGAGGGGGUGGAGCCGGUUCGUGAAGGCCAAGGGGCUGAGGUCGAACGAUAGUGUCGCGUUCUACUUGUAUGAGAGUCGGAAGGCCGGGCGGAGAUUGGGGAGGAGGUUUAUUGUGAUUGAUGUGGCUGAGAAAGAGGGGGGUUUUGGUGAAGUGGUUGAAGAUGAAGAGGAAGAAGCAGAGUGUUUUAAGGAGUCAUUGGUUUGUUCAUCUCCUAGUAGUAGUGUGACUAAAGUGGGUUUUAGGCUUUUUGGUACCCAAAUAAACACUUAUGUUUGAAUUAGUGUUUUUGAAAUUAUUAAUGAUAGUAGAUACUAUUACUAUCUUUUAUUACUAUCUUUUAGAGUUUUGAUUCAAGUUAGGACUCCCUUUUGCUGAUUUCUUAUAAAUAGAGCUUUGUAUUAUACAUUGAGUCAAGUUCUAGGACUCUGCUUUGUAUUUUACAUUUUAAAGGUGUAGAA